UCAGGCAAGCUAAGUGGAGAGCCAAGAGCUGUUGACGACUGUAAUGCACGACCCAAAAGGAAGCUGCUGCCUCUUUGAUAUGUUAUUUAUAAAUCUAAAGUAUUAUCUAGGAUUUUUUAGUUUCAAUCAUUAGCUGAAAUUGACGCUCAGUAAACUCUGCCUCUCUUUCUUCCAGCGAGGACUCGCCGCUCCUGGGCCAGAACUUCAACUAAAACCCGGAGGGGUGGAAUUGCAGCGCGGUCGGCGCCGACCUCGACUGCGCAUGCGUCGUGUCGCACGCGGAGCGAAGGUUCCCGGGAACCGCGGCGGCAGCGGCCGGAGGUUCGGCCUUUGGGGCCUUCUGUCAGUGGCGGCCCAGGGAGGCGCAGCGGCUGGUGGGCAGGUACACCAGUGCUGCAUUACUAUGAGCUUUCAGAACUUCUGGAGAGACUACAAGGUUCUGGUUGUUAUGGUACCUUUGGUUGGACUCAUUCAUUUGGGGUGGCACAGAAUCAAAAGCAGCCCUGUUUUCCAAAUACCCAGUAAGGACGACAUUUCUGAGCCAGAUAGUCUGGCACUUGCAAGUUCACAGAAGAGCCAAAUCCAAGGGAAAUAGCAGACUUGUAGUCCUCAGAAAGAAGCAACUUUGAAUCUGAGUUUGAUAUUGAAAGAAGACAUGAGAAACACCAGCUGGAUUAGAAAGAACUGGCUUCUUGUAGCCGGAGUGUCUUUCAUAGGUGUCCAUCUUGGAACUUACAUUAUACAAAGGACUGCAAAGCAUUCUGUAAAAUCUCAGUCUGGAGACAAACAAAAGAAUAUUGAAGAAUGAAAUAAAAUAAAUAUUUGGAAUUACUAAGAUGUCAUUAAAUCAUUAUAUUCUGAUUAGCUUCACGAACAUAGAACUAUUUAAUUUUAUAGCCAUGAUGCUGCAUGUUGCACUUUCAGUCUUACAAAAUAAUUUCUUUAAAUGUUAAAGCACAUGAAGAUACAAUAAAUAAAUAUGUUUAACCAAAUAAAGCUGUCUUCACAAGUUACCACCUGAAGUAAGAUGUCUCGCUUAGAAGCUAAGAAGCCGUCAUUGUGUAAAAAGGAACCACUGACAAGUGAGAGAGUCAGGGCCACACUUUGUGUCUUGAAAGGAAUUGUUACAUCAUGCUAUGGCCCCUCGGGAAGGCUGAAGCAGCUGCACAAUGGCCUUGGAGGCUAUGUGUGCACAACUUCACAGUCCUCAGCCUUGCUCAGUAAGCUUUCUGUCACCCACCCUAUAUUAAAGAUCCUGACAACUUCUGUGCAGAAUCACGUGACAUGCUUCAGUGACUGUGGCUUAUUCACCACCAUUCUUUGCUGCAACCUGAUUGAACAUGUUCAGAGAACAGGCUUGACACCCACCACUAUCAUUAAAUUAAAUAAACAUCUUUUGAGUCUCUGCACAAGUUAUCUCAAGUCUGAGGCCUGUGGUUGUCGAAUCCCAGUCGACUUUAGUAGAACUCAGAUCCUCCUUUGCUUGGUACGCAGCAUAUUAACAAGUAAACCUGCCUGCAUGCUCAGUGGAAAGGAAAUAGAUCAUAUCGGUGCUUUGAUUCUGAGGGCCUUUUUGCUUACAAUUCCAGAAAAUGCUGAAGACCACAUCAUUUUAGGAAAGAGCAUAAUUGUACCUUUAAAAGGUCAGAGAGUCAUAGAGUCUACUGUGUUACCGGGAAUACUCAUUGAAAUCUCAGAAGUUCAAUUAAUAAGGCUGUUACCUGCCAAAAAACCAGGUCCUCUCAAAGUGGCACUCUUUCGUACCUCUUUAUCGGGAGACCUUUCUGACACUGGAGAAGGAACUGUGGUGGUCAGUGAUGGGGUUUCUCUUGAAAAUGCUGUCCUGGACCUGUUGAUUAACCUAGGAAAACAGCUAGUUAGUGACCACGUAGACCUUGUUCUGUGCCAAAAAGUUAUACACCCAUCUUUGAAACGGUUUUUCAGUACACAUCGUGUUAUUGCCAUAGACAGAAUUGGAGUGACUCUGAUGGAACCCCUGAGUAAAGCAACAGGAACUCAGCCUAUUGGUGCCCUUGGUGCAAUAUCCCCUAGUAGUUAUGGGAGUGUGGAAGACCUGUGCUCUGCAAAAUUUGGCUCGAAACAUUUUUUUCAUCUUGUUCCUAAUGAAUCUACUAUCUGCAGUUUGCUUCUUGGUAACAGAAAUGACACUGCCUGGGAUGAGCUGAAGCUCACGUGUCAAACAGCAGUACAUGUCUUGCAGUUAACAAUCAAGGAGCCUUGGGUUUUGUUGGGAGGUGGCUGUACUGAAACUCAUUUGGCUGCAUAUAUCAGAUACAAGAUUCAUAAUGAGCCAGAAAGCAUUCUCAAAGAUGGUGGAUGUACUCAAACAGAACUUCAACUAAUUGCUGAAGCAUUUUGCAGCACUUUAGAGUCUCUCGCUGGCUCGUUAGAACAUGACGGAGGGGAAAUUCUCACUGACAUGAAGUAUGGACAUUUUUGGUCUGUUCAGGCAGAUUCUCCCUCUCCUGUUAACUGGCCAGGUUUACUUUCCCGAUGUGGCUGUGGAAUAUACAACAGCCAGGAAGAACUCAGCUGGUGUUUUCUAAGAAGCACACAUCACCCGUUUGCUCUAGAAACCUGCCUUCCUCAUGAAGCUGUGGGCUCUGCCAACAACUUGACCUUGGACUGUUUUACAGCUAAGCUUGGUGGCCUACAGGCAGCUGUAGAGACAGCCAAUUUGAUCUUGGAUCUUUCAUAUGUCAUCGAAGAUAAAAACUGAUGUAAGAGAAUUGCAUGUUCAUAUGAUAAAACAAACAGGUGUCAGUUAAGAAAAAUGAGUGUCCUUGUUCUCUCCCAAAGGCCUGUUCUGCACAUUUGGAUAGAUGAUUCAUAAAAUUAUAGCUAUACUCAUUUAAAGAAAAAGGGUAUGAGUCUUGAAUAGGAAUGCCAUAAAAUAAUAUAAAGUUGACCAAUUGUUACUGCAGAUAUUGUAGUUACCUUAGAGAUUUUAGUAACUGCUGCAUGUUGUAAUAACUUUUUUUGUUAUUUUAGCACAGCAGACAGACAUUUAAUAAUUUCCAGUUCAUGUUCUAGUUUGGAUAGCUUAUUACAGAUGUUUUCUAGUGAGAAAUAAUUACAUAUGAGGAUGGCCCUGUGACUCAGUGGUUAAGGGAGCUGGAUCCUACAUGGCCGAUGGCAUAGUUUGAAUCUCAGACCUGGU